CAGACACAACGGUGCAAAAUAAAAAUACUGUGAAACAUCAAACGCAUCAAAAGAAAUAAAAUGUUUGGCUCAGGUACGAAACUAAACGAGGCUUCGUACAAAACGAUGUUUUCCAGCUUUGAUAAAGACAAUUCGGGAUACAUUGACAAAUCUGAUCUGAAGAAGAUAACGAAGGGAAUCUUGCCAGCAAACGGUGUAGAUAUGAUCAUUGGAUUUGUGGAUAAAAGUGGCGAUGGAAAAAUUGAUUUCAAUGAAUUCAAGUCUGUCAUGAAGAAGAUUGAAACGGCGAAGAAGUUCAACCUAGGAAAAUAAUUGCAUUUGUAUGUCACAAGUUUUCGCAAGGAUUCAAUUUUUCAAGAUCAAUGUAAUCUUUCCAUGAUAUUUCCGGCAACAUUGAGAGACGACAAAUCUGAGUAUGUCUCAUUUUCAUAUCGUGGGAAAUCGAAAUCAACCAAUCGUUUACUAAUCUCAAAAUUUGUCCAUCAGGCAAUUGGCAUUAGUUAAAAGUACAUCUCAACAUAUAUUUGCUUCACGUUAGGAGUCAUGAUUUAUUCGUAUGUAGAAAAACCAUAAUCAUCAAAUUCUCCAAAAUGAUUCUAUGCAUUCAAAAUCAAUGCUGAAUGUUUUCUUUGUGCCAUGCAAUUUGAUGGAUUAUAGAUGGGAUCUUUUGAACAUGUAUCACGAGUUAAACCGUUACCAUGUUUGUUCAGGAAUGCGUUCCUUCCUAAUAAUUGGAGAUCACCGAAACACAAGGCAAUGAAAUGGGGUACAAUUAUUUUGGGUUCGAACUGCUGUUUGAGAAUCUCUACCUUUUGUUGGCGUUGGCUUUUGGGUGUUGAUACCUUAGAGCCAAUCUGAGUCAGAC